UGUGUGUGUGUGUGUGUGUUGUCCAUGGUUCCUGGCUCAUAACUCCCAUAAACCCUAGUUAUAGUAAACAGAAUCUCUCUUUCUUACCUUCUCCAGCCUCCUUUUCUCUGCCCAAGGCAGGACUCUAAUCUGAUUGUGGGUCAUAAAAGGUCCUCAUUCCAGAGGGGGACCUGCCCUAUAUACUGGAAGAAGGAAUGCUACACAGAGUGGUCAAAAAGAAUCUGGACAGGCCUUGCUGGGUUUAGAUCAUACCCUUUUUGUACAAUCACGUUUUGACAUGGUUGUCCAUGCUUCUAUUCAUAUCAUGCCUAUCGAAUGAAGUCUCCACAAAAAAGCCCAAGAGGACAGGACUGGGGGUUUCUAGGGAGCUGAACACAUGGAGGGUGACAAGGAAGGUGAAUAAGAAUUCAUCCAUGUGCUGGAAGCUAGGUGCAGUAGCACACACUUGUAAUCCCAGCGACCUCAGGAAGCAGAGGUGGGAGGAUCACUGGAGCCCAGGAAUCUGAAGCUGCAAUGAACUAUGAUUGUGCACUGCACUCCAGCCUGGGCAAUACAGCAAGAUCCUGUCUUUAAAAAAAAGUCUACAUGCUGGGAGGGUGGUGCAACCCAAUUCCACAAGGACAGAAGUUCCUGUGCUUGGGACUCUUUCAGACCUCACCCUAUGUAUCUCUUCAUCUAGUUGUUUAUUUCUAUCCUUUUAAAUAUUGUUUAUAAUAAAUUGGUAAACAUAAGCAUUUCCUUGAGUUCUGUGAGCUGCUCUAGCAAAUUAACCCAAAGAGGUGUCAGGGGAACCCCAACUUAAGGCGGGUCUGUCAGAAGUUCCAGAGGCCCAGACUUGCGACUGGUGUUUGAAAGUGGGAAUGCCAGUCUUGGAGACCUAGCCUUCAACUUGUGGAGUCUGGUGCUAUCUCCAAGUACAUAGUGUUGGAAUUGAAUUGGAAGAAACCCAGCUGGUGUUGGCUACAGAAUUGAUUGGUUGCCAACUGGUGGGGAGAAAUUCCCACAUAUUUGGGGGUCACAGAAGUCUUUGUUUUUAAUUAUUGUGUUGGUGUGAGAGCAGAGGAAAAAUUGAGUUUUUCCUAAGAGCAUUUUAAUCAUAGUUGCUUUAAAUUCCUAGUCUGGUAAUUCCAACAUGAAUAACUCUUCUUAGAUCUGUCAAAGACAUGAAGUCACAGGGCAAAACACUGCUCCAAAAACACUGCUAGAUUUAAGUCUGGUUCUGAUCUCUGCUGUGUCUCUUCAAACUGUGUUUUUGCCUUUUAGUAUGCCUUGUAAUCUUUUGUUGAAAGCUGGACAUGAUGUGUACUGGGUAAAGGGAAUUCCAAGUAAAUAGGUCUUUAAUGAUGUGGUAAAGUAUGGGGAGAGGGAAAGCAGUCUAUGGUCCUGCGAUUAGGUCUCGGUCUUUUAGUGAGCCUGUGUCUCUGCAUUGUGAACGUUACAAGUGCUUCUCAGUCUCCCACCCUCUAUUAAGUGGGACAGGAUGGCUAGAGCAGGCUUGAGUUGGGUCUUUCUCUUCCCCCAGGUAGGAUAGGGUCUGAUAUAGGGCAAGCCUUGUUAAGAACAGAAUACUCUGGGCUGGGCACAGUGGCUCAUGCCUGUAAUCCUAGCACUUUGGGAAGCCGGGGUGGGUGGAUCACAAGGUCAGGACAAGACCAGCCUGGCCAACAUAGUGAAACACCGUCUCUACUAAAAAUACAAAAAAUUAGCUGGGCAUGGUGGCAGGCACCUGUAAUCCCAGCUACUCGAGAGGCUGAGGCAGGAGAAUUGCUUGAACCCGGUGGGGACGGAGGUUGCAGUGAGCCGAGAUUGUGCCAUUGCACUCCAGUCCAGGAGACAGUGCGAGACUCCAUCUCAAAAAAAAAAAAAAAAACAGAACACUCUGGCUUAUUUCAAAUGGUUACUUGCCUCUCCCUGCUGGAAGCGUAAGAUAAUUUUUCUUUGAUAUUCACUGUGUGAACCCAGUAGAGCUCUUGGAAGUAAAAGCCACAGAAAUAUGGAGGCCUUUCUCUGGAGUUCUUAACUCUCAGAGUAAUCUACAUUGAGUCUUCAGCAAUUUGUCAGUUAAAGUUCAGGUUUUCUUAUCCUGGUACUGGUUCCUGCAAAGGUUUCUUGUGGAUUUCUGGUCCAGUAAAUUGUAAUUCUCUCUCUCCAUUUUUUUUUUUUUUUUUUUUUUUGAGACAAAGUCUCGGUCUGUUGCCCAGGCUGGAGCAGUGGUGUGAUCUUGGCUCACAGCAACCUCUGCCUCCCAGGUUCAAGCAAUUCUUGAACCUCAGCCUCCUGAAUAGCUGGGAUUACAGGUAUGUGUCACCACGCCCAGCUAAUUUUUGUAUUUUUAGUAGAGGCAGGGUUUCACCAUGUUGGCCAGCCUGGUCUCGAGCUCCUGACCUCAAGUGAUCUUACCCACUUGGCCUCACAAAGUCCUGGGAUUACAAGCAUGAGCCACUGCGCCUGACCUCAAUUGUAAUUCUCUGUAUUCACCUGUGUGUCUCUAACUUUUGGGGCAGUCUUGUACCCUGUGACUUCACUUCUCUGACAGAUCUAAGAAGUUACUCAUUUUUCAGUUUGUUCAACAAUUUUACUUGUUAAAAAGGAGUAGCAACUUCCAAGCUCCUUAUGUGCCAGACCAGAAACCAGAAGUCUUACCACAAGUUUUUAUUUAAUAGAAUCAUUAAAUUGCAAAAUUGAAAGAGAUUUGAGAUGCCAUCUAGUCCAUCCCUGCAGGGGAUCUUUGAGGAAUACUUCCCUCUCCCUCCACCCCACACACGGACAUGUCCCUACGCUCCCUGGACAUGGUUGCCGGUGAUCUUCCUGAUACUUCCCAUAUGGAGAGUGUAUUCAUUCCACUAAAAACUGCUCGGCUGGUUAGAAAACUCUUGUUACACCCCUCUUUGGUCUUAGUUGUGGCCUUGAAUGAAGGCAGGUACAAAGAGGAAGAUGAGGAAGACAGCUUCAAAGAGGAUACCUGGUCAUGGGCCUUGAAGCAUUGCAGAGAGCCUUUGGCAGUCUUUACAGGAUGUGGUGGGGAGGAAGGGAGGACAAAGUUAAGAGGAGAAAGAAGUAAACCAAAACAUCAGGAUUUGGGGAAUGUAGAGAUAAUGUGAGACCAGUGACAUUCGGUGCCUCAGUUCCAAGGUUUGGGGAUCAUAGUUCAGCUGGAGACUGACUCUAGGGAGAUCUUUGAUCAGGCCUCACUCUUGUCAGGAGUCUGCUAAUCAUUCUGUCUUUCUCUAUUUUAGAAUUGUACACCAAGAAGUGGAAGAAUCUUUAGAGACCAUCCUUUACCUAGAUGGGGCAAUUGAGGGCCAGAGCCAGGAACAGAUUCUCAGGGUGAAUCAGUGGCACAGCUCAAGUUUCCUACCUCCCAGCUCUAGCUCUCUUGGUUGCUUGGAGCCAAACAAAGCAAAAAUUCCUUUUCUGACUGGAGUGAGGAGAUGAUGAGGGCAGAGGACAAGGCUUAUGUCUCCAUCUCAGUUCUUCCCCAUAAGAGGAAUACCAGACUAGGCAGAGGUGACUGGUAGCAAUUGUUUUCUUGGCAAUUCAGUAAAGACAAUGCUGAGAAUAAGAACACUCAAGGAAGCUAAGUGAAGGAAAAAAGAGCUGGGGACAGUGGUGAUCCUGGUGGGAGAGGUUGGGGUGGGGCAAAGAGCAAAGCAUGCUCCCUGAGCAGCAUGUCAGGCCUUGCUUCUGCCCUCCACUGUCUGCCCUGCCUUGACCUGUACUGCAGGCUGACUGAUUAACAGGCUACCAACAGCUGUGCCAGUCAGGUGGCCAGGGCUGCCCUGCACAACCUUGCUUCCUUGCAUUCCCUUCAGCGAUGUUCCUCUGCUCAUGCCUUAAAAUAGUUCAAAAUUGAGAACAUGAAAAUGGUUUCUUAUGCAUAUACAAGCAGACAUGAAUAUGUGUAUGCACCUGGUGUGUGUGUGGGCUGUGGUGGAGGCAUACUUUGUCUUGUGUUCAUUGUCACUGACAUUGCUCAGGGAGGCUGGGGUACUUGCAUUUGUUUUCAUCUUUAGAGUGUGUUAAUAGUUUCCUUCUUGAUUAAAGUAGAGCUCAAAAUGCAGCUCUGUCAUUGCUCUGUAUUCUUGGUUUGUCUUUGAUGUUGAAAAGACAGUGCACUUGUGCUUUUGGUGGGGCUCCUGCCCUGCAUGCUGCUUCCUAGGAUUGGCAGGUAUUGCAUAUCACCACAUACCAGACACCCACAGGAGAGAAAAAUCAUCAGGAUCAAGAGGCCAGAUUGGGCUGCUGGCAAAGUUUAUCUGCAGGCUGAGUGCUUGUUGCUCUCCUGCUUAUCCAUGCUGCCUAGUAUGGGCUGUCCCUAGAAGGGAAUUCUGUGUCCCUCUGAGUGCUGCAACUACUCUCAGGGUUUUACUGUAGCGGUUUUACCUCGCCUAUUGGUUGACCCAUCUACCUGUCUCAUUUGAGUUGAGUGUGAAUUGUUUAGGAUAUUGCAAUUAGAGGUGGUGCGGGCUGGCUGGCUGCUGUAAGCCAUCUUAACAUUUGGCUAAGCUCACUCCUGUGUGCUGGGCCUGACAAGGUCCUCUUGGUUCCUCUUGUGAUGACUGUAUCUUUUACACAGUUAAUAAAACAUCCUCAGAUGUUAUAAGCUGGAGUGAACUAUUUAUUUUUCUAUUUUUUUUAUUUUAGUUUAAGUUCUGGGAUACAUGUGCAGAACAUGCAGGUUUGUUACAUAGGUAUACAUGUGCCAUGGUGUUUUGCUGCACCUAUCAACCCAUCAUCUAGGUUUUAAGCCUCACAUGCAUUAGAUAUUUGUCCUAAUGCUCUCCCUCCCCUUGUCCCCCACCCCCUGACAGGCCCUGGUAUGUGAUGUUCCCCUCCCUGUGUCCAUGUGUUCUCAUUCUUCAACUCCCACUUCUGAGUGAGAACAUGCGGUGUUUGGUUUUCUGUUUCUGUGUUAGUUUGCUGAGGAUGAUUGUUUCCAACUUCAUCCAUGUGGACUAUUUUUUCAUCAUAUUCUACCCUUCCCAAGUCACACCUAGGGGGCUGAGGAGUGACAGGUGGAGCAGGGCAAGGCUGGAUUAAACAUUAAUGCAGCUAUCACCACUGCCCAGAGGAGCAAGUUCCCAGAGCCAAGCUACAGAGCUACCCUAGUGUCCCCAGGCUGAGGAGGUAGUGACUGGCAUACAUGGCUCAAUUUGUCCAGGUCCUGGCUGAAAUAGGUGACUUUGGUCGCUUCCAGAUACAGCUAUUGAUCCUGCUGUGUGUUCUCAACUUCCUGUCUCCCUUCUACUUUUUUGCCCAUGUCUUUAUGGUCCUAGAUGAGCCCCACCACUGUGCAGUGGCCUGGGUGAAGAACCACACUUUCAACCUGAGUGCUGCUGAACAGCUGGUACUGAGCGUGCCCCUGGACACUGCAGGCCACCCAGAGCCCUGCCUCAUGUUCCGGCCACCCCCCGCCAAUGCCAGCCUGCAGGACAUCCUCAGCCACCGCUUCAAUGAGACGCAGCCUUGUGAUAUGGGCUGGGAAUAUCCUGAGAACAGGCUCCCAUCCCUAAAGAAUGAGUUCAACCUGGUUUGUGAUCGGAAGCACCUGAAGGACACCACACAGUCAGUGUUCAUGGCUGGGCUCCUUGUUGGCACCCUCAUGUUUGGGCCCCUCUGCGACCGGAUUGGCCGCAAGGCCACGAUCCUGGCGCAGCUGCUCCUCUUCACCCUCAUCGGCCUGGCCACAGCCUUUGUGCCCAGCUUUGAGCUCUACAUGGCCCUGCGCUUUGCUGUGGCUACUGCCGUCGCUGGACUUAGCUUCAGCAAUGUCACCCUACUGACAGAAUGGGUGGGGCCCUCAUGGAGGACGCAGGCCGUGGUCCUGGCCCAGUGCAACUUCUCCCUCGGGCAGAUGGUGCUUGCGGGACUCGCCUACGGUUUCCGCAACUGGAGGCUCCUUCAGAUCACCGGCACUGCGCCUGGCUUACUGCUCUUCUUCUACUUCUGGGCUCUGCCAGAAUCUGCACGUUGGCUCCUGACCCAUGGGAGGAUGGACGAGGCGAUACAACUGAUCCAGAAGGCGGCCUCGGUCAAUAGGCGGAAGCUCUCCCCGGAGCUCAUGAACCAGCUGGUCCCAGAGAAGACAGGCCCCUCAGGGAAUGCCCUGGAUCUGUUCAGACACCCCCAGCUCCGGAAGGUGACCCUGAUUAUCUUCUGUGUCUGGUUUGUGGACAGUCUGGGGUACUACGGCCUGAGCCUCCAAGUGGGGGACUUCGGCCUGGACGUCUAUCUGACGCAGCUCAUCUUUGGAGCUGUUGAGGUGCCUGCCCGCUGUUCCAGCAUCUUCAUGAUGCAGUGGUUUGGCCGCAAGUGGAGCCAGUUGGGGACCUUGGUCUUGGGUGGCCUUAUGUGUAUCAUCAUCAUCUUCAUCCCAGCAGAUCUGCCCGUGGUGGUCACCAUGCUGGCUGUGGUGGGGAAGAUGGCCACAGCUGCUGCCUUUACCAUCUCCUAUGUGUACUCUGCCGAGCUUUUCCCCACCAUCCUCCGGCAGACAGGCAUGGGGCUGGUGGGCAUCUUCUCACGGAUCGGGGGCAUCCUCACACCACUUGUGAUCCUGCUGGGAGAGUACCACGCUGCCCUCCCCAUGCUCAUCUACGGCAGCCUCCCCAUCGUGGCCGGCCUGCUGUGCACCCUGCUGCCAGAGACGCGUGGCCAGGGCCUGAAAGACACCCUCCAGGACCUGGAGCUGGGGCCUCACCCACGGUCCUCCAAAUCAGUGCCCUCAGAGAAGGAAACAGAGGCCAAGGGAAGAACUUCCAGCCCGGGAGUGGCCUUUGUGAGCAGCACAUACUUCUGAUUGAGGUCUCUAAGAGCUGGACCAUCAGCAGCAGGGAGCUGCCUAAACACCUCCUUGGAUAUGGCCAGGACCCACAGGGACACAGGGCAAGACCAGCCUUGCUUAUGGAGGCAGGACACCACAAUCUGGCCCAUGGCUGUCACCUCCUGCCGAGUCCAAUCCCAGACUGGGAACCACCAUCUGAGACAGGACCUCCCGGCCUCCUUCACCUUUCUCAUCUCCAGAGCCCUGCCCCCAAUACUCUGUCUGGGUUAGGAUCUUGGGUAUGUCUUGGACUUAACUUGUCCUCUAACAAUCUUCAUUGGGUAUGGCUCUCUUGAUCUCCUCAAUCUGGAGUCCCCUGCCCUCAAAACACAGUGAUGUUCAGAACAGAACACAAGGUAAGCCCUUUCCAAUUUGUGGGAACAGGAGGGGAGAGGAAACAAAUGGGAAGUUGUGGACUCUGCCCAGGCAGGUGGAUGAAAAUGCUGUGGAUAAAAGGAAGGUUAUGAUUCCUUCUAGCGGAUGGACCAGAUUCCUCUGGCUAACGUAUGGCCCCAUAGGUCACUGGGUCAUACAGAGAGAAGAUUCAGUUCAGCCUAAAUCAAAACUUCCACCUUGCGUUCACUUCAAAGAUGGCCCAACCCCGGCCCUACACUCAGCUCAUGCCUAACCUAUGUGUGGCUCAGGGACCAGCUUGGGGAAGGAAAGGAGGUUUGUUCUGCUCCCCGCCUCACCCCGCCUCCUCCUGCUCAUGCUCAGCUGCUUCUGGACCUUCUAGGGCCCAUGCAGGGUGAGGGAAAGAGUAGAGGUCUUUUCGCCGAGCUGCUGCUAGUUGCAGUUCUUUCUGGUGCACAUUGGCUAAUGCCAGUUGGUGUGUUUUGUCAGGCUUCUGAAAGCUGCCUUUUCCACGGGCUAUCUUCUUGGGCUUCUCAGAGAUCCUCUCAGGCCUUGGUAUUGUUCCUUAGAAUGAGCAGUAUUCUCCCAAUGCACUCCCAGCUCCUCUUGGGACCCUUCUCCAGCCCCACCCAGCAUUGCUCCCACAACCUGUCCUACAGCUGGCAGCCCCUGACCCAACCAAGAUGGCCUUCUUGGCUGGGCGUGGUGGUUCACGCCUGUAAUCCCAGCACUUUGGGAGGCUGAGGCGGGCGGAUUACCUGAGGUCAGGAAUUUGAGACCAGCCUGGCUGGCAUGGCAAAACCCUGUCUCUACUAAAAAUACAAAAAUUAGCCCUAUAUGGUGGUGCAUGCCUGUAAUCCCAGCUACUUGGGAGGCUGAGGCAGGAGAAUCGCUUGAACCUGGGAGGCGGAGUUUGCAGUGAGCCAAGAUCGCACCACUGCACUCCAACCUGGGCAACAGAAAGAGACUCCGUCUCAAAAAAAAAAAAAAAAAAAAAAAAAAAAAAAAAAAGACGGCCUUCUUAGAUGGGUGCCCAUAAAGAGACCUCAAGCCGGACUGCCUUCCUCAGCACUUCUUAGCCUGCAAGAACACCAUAUAUCAUUGUAUCACCAAAUGGUAGGUAGAAAAAGAGCUUGCCUGGCCACUGCCCCUGCCUUGCCCCAGCUAACCUCCCACUAGGGAGAAGGUUUCAGUCUCUCUUCUCACAGGCACCCCAGCUUGCUCACCUUCUCCUGCAUGGCUGGUUCGGGGUUGGGCGUAGAUGCUGGACCAGUUUCCUGUAAACCCAGCAUGGAAGUGUUCAGCACCUGUCUUCCAAACACAUGGAUAUUCCUCACGAUUCUCAGCUUUGAAGUGCUGGACAAAAGCUCUGUUUAGCUUCCUACUGUGUGCCCAUUCAUGGCAUCCUCUUGGGGAAUACUAGCAAGUCUUUCUGGGCACAAUGUGUCUCCCAGGCUGAAACUGCCAAGGGGUGCGGAAAACCAGAUAGAAGUGGGGAAAGGGCCAUUUCCCAGCUAAAGGCAGUUUCCUCCUCUAAGAUAUGGACACUUGCUCCCUUUAAGACGGAAUGAUUGUCAUUCCCAGGAAGAGACCUGAACGGCCAAGCCUGGCUAAUUUUUGUAUUUUUGGUAGAGAUGGGGUUUUGCCAAGUUGGCCAGGCUGGUCUCAAACUCCUGAACUCGUGAUCCACCCACCUCGGCCUCCCAAAGUAUUGGGAUUACAGGCAUGAGCCACCAUGCCUGGCCCCUGGAGACUUUUUCUUUCCUUUUUGGGGGGAUUAUGGUUGGUUGGGGAGAAAGAUUUUUUUUUUCUGUGUGUAUUUAAAAGUGUCCUGUGGUUUGCUCUGAUGAAUGGGUAAGUGUCCUUUAGCAGUCCCUAAUGGGAGGUUGGCUGCUGAGGCUCUGGGACUCUGAAGGAGAAGAUAUGCAGCUUCACUGGACCCUGGUUGUGUAUCUCCUUGAUUUUGCUCCUCAAAGGUUAUGGCAAUGGUGACUAUCAGUCCUAAACAUUUAGUCCAGGUGUGUGAAAGCAAAACUGUGCCCCAAACAGUUAAAGACACCAAUGACUAACAGAAAUUCUUGAGUUUGCAGGAUGGUAGGUAAGCAAAGAAACAACUUGCUGAGAUGCUGAAAGUCCCUCCACUUGUAAGACAACAAAGCUGGCUAAAAUAGGUUGGAACCAAUGUGGCCAACUAGAGUCUGUGCAGAACCUGCUUGCUGACAUCACAGCCUGAAUUUCCACUGCGUGUUUCAUACUCACUACCCCCGUACCUGCCCAUGUGAUCUAUGAGGUGUCUGAAGAGAACUGCGCAUGCUGGAGGACUUUCCAGACCUCCUCUUUCCUUCCACUAAUCACCUGCUAAUCUCAGAAUCCCGACAUCUUUUCUAAUAAAAACACUGCCUUAGCACCAGCCCAGGGAGACAGAUUCAAGCUGGACUCCUGUCUCCGUGUCGGCCGGCCUAUAAUUAAAAGCUUUUCUUUUCUCAAAAACCCAGUGUCAUAAUAUUGGCUUCUAGCACAUUGAACAGCAAGCCCCUUUUUGCCUAGAAACAAUUUGACCCUCAUAUUUACUAGUUUUCUCAACCUGUAACCAAGGGAAACAAAAAUGACCUCCUAAAUUUUUAACAAAGGCAAUCAACAUUUGUAGCUGGUAUGAAUAUUUGUUCUGUAAACUCAUAUCUGCAGGCAACAGAAUGUUUCUUUAGCCUAUGAACCUCCAUCUUGCUGAGCUGAUUGGAAAUUCAUCUCAGCUGUUAUUGGGGCUCUUCUCAACCCAGAGAGUUCUGGGAUCUUUUUUUUUUUUUUGAAAAGGAGUCUCAGUUUGUCACCCAGGCUGGAGUGCAGUGGUGCAAUUCUCUGCUCGCCGCAACUUCUGCCUCCUGGGUUCAAGCGAUUCUCUUGCCUCAGCUUCCCGAGUAACUGGGAUUACAGGUGUGCGCCACUGCGCCAGGCUAAUUUUUGUAUUUUUAGUAGAGACAGGGUUUUGCCAUGCUGGCCAGGCUGGUCUUGAACUCCUGACCUCAGGUGAUCCGUCUGCCUCAGCCUCCCAAAAGUGCUGGGAUUACAGGCGUGAGCCACCAUGCCCAGCUGAGUUCUGGGAUCUUAUGUAACCAAAACAAACCAAAACAAAGGGGUGCUCCCACCCUGCUCUUCAGUCUCACUGAUGGCUGCUGGGUGCUCACUGUGCUGUCUGCUUGGUCCCUUUGACCCCCAGAGUGCUGCUGCUCAAGAGUGGGGAACUCUAGGGGGGAUGAGGGGCCUAGGACCAACCACUGAGGUGACCUGCAGACACCCCGAGGGAGGUCUGGUGAAAGAGGAAGGAUCUGAUGCCCCAGAUACCAAUAAGAUUACAGUGCCCUGCCCCCAAACAAGUGAAGAUUGAGCCAUAGGAAACUGCAAAAGAGCUGUAAGUAGGUUUCCCUGUGAUCAAUACUUCAUUUUUUUUCAAAUAUAUGAAAUUCUUUUAAUUUUUUUGUGUGUCUUAAGUGUCUGUGUUAGUCCAUUUUCUGUUGCUUAUAACAGACUGCUUGAAACUGAGUUAUUUAUAAAGAAAAGAAAUUUAUUUCUUACAGUUCUGGAGGCUGGGAAGUCCAAGGUUUAGGGAAUACAUCUGGUAAGGGCCUUCUUGCUGUUGGGAACUCUGCAGCCUCCCAAGGGGGCACAGGUGAGGGAACCGAGCAAGCUAGCUUG